GAGAAGGCAGGAGGUGACGCAGCGGCGGCCAUCUUCUUCUGUGUGUGGUGCUGGGUGUUUGCGUGCAGUUCCCGAGCUGCAAGGACGCCAGUCCCGCUUCUAUCUUCGUGAACCGAGACGGGUCGGGGUUUCCGUUAGGCCUUGUGCUUCUUCUCCUGAGGUGACAAAGGACUGCGUGGUAUCGAGGCCUUCGCCUGCUCCGCCUCUCCCUCUCUUAGCCGCCUCCUCCCCCCUCCUCCUCUCACAGCGAGACCCCCGGUCCGGAGCAUGGGUGGGUCGGGGUGGAGUAGGGCGCACAACCCGCUGAGCAGCGUGGCUCACAAGCAGAGGGGUCCGUUGGGUUCCCUGGUGUUUUCUUGACAUGGAUUCCCCUGGAGUUGUCACCCGCACCACCGCCAGCCUCCCCCAGCGUCCUGACACCAGCAUUCAGCCUCCCGCAGACAUGACAGGUAGCCGGCGUGGCUAGGACACCAGACUGCCCCCUAGUGGUGAUCUCCCCCAGUUCUGAUCGUCCUUCUAGGCGCACUAUCCCGCACUCUACAACUUUAUUUUUUUCUUCUUUGUGUCGCAUCUAAUCGCGACAUGACCGCCUGUACUCCUUACCGUUAACCCCUUCAUCUAGGACACACUGACAGGGUCAGCCUUCCUUGCUGGGCUCCGGCAUCAUGGUGUUCCUCCCUAAGGGGUGUCGGCUGAACUUCCACAUGGGCUUCCUCUCUGCCCUUCAGCCCGCUAUUUUGGGGCGACUCGACCUGUGCUGUGAACACCCCACCCCCACCUGUCAGACGGAUAAGUAAUCGUUGUCUCGCGCCGGUUUUGCACGGGGCCGCUAGAGGUUCAGUGACGUCAUCUCUUCUCCUAUGAUGCAGUCUUGGGGCUGGUUGAGCAAUCCUAGUUUUCCUGUUUGUCAGCAGAGAGGCCUAACCAGCAGGCCUGUGCAGGAUGGCUUUUGAUUUUAUGGUGUAGGCUGAUAGUAGGAGACAUCUUUAUCUUUUUUUUUUUUUUUGUUUGAUUUUUAAUUUUUUCAUCGGGCCCCUAGCAUUUUACCAGUUGAGUUCUCGGUUCUCUACAUGCAUAUGAUGCCUCUUUUAGUUCCAUCCGGAGAUCAGUCGCCUCCUGUCGUGGUUGCACAGGCGCCCUAGUAGUAUGACAGGCCUGUCCGAGCAGUGGUUUAGGUUGCAUUGACCCCGACUGAGUCAUUGGAAGGAGGUGGCAUGGCGUGUUUCUGUUGACUUGGUGUCUCGCGUGCGCAAAAAAAAAAUAAACCGAAAUUGGCGAUCAGUUAAGAAGUUUUGAAGGCCUUGGCACCGGCGGUAUUACCAAAAAAAUAUAUAAAAAAAAAAAAUGGGGGACCCCAACUCUCGGAAGAAGCAGGCCCUGAACAGACUGCGCUCUCAGCUAAGGAAGAAGAAAGAGUCUCUAGCUGACCAGUUUGAUUUCAAGAUGUACAUCGCGUUUGUGUUCAAAGACAAGAAAAAGAACCCUGCUCUCUUUGAAGUGGCUGAUGUUAUACCAGUUAUGACUAAUAAUUACGAAGAAAAUAUUCUGAAAGGUGUGCGGGAUUCCAGCUAUUCCUUGGAGAGUUCCCUCGAGCUUCUGCAGAAGGAUAUAGUACAGCUUCAUGCUCCUCGCUACCAGUCAAUGCGCAGGGAUGUUAUUGGGUGUACUCAGGAGAUGGACUUUAUUCUUUGGCCUCGAAACGACAUAGAGAAGAUUGUGUGUCUUCUGUUUUCAAGAUGGAAGGGAUCAGAGGAGCCCUACAGGCCUGUGCUGGCCAAGUUUGAAUUUCAUCACGGUGAUUAUGAAAAACAUCUUCUGCAUGUUAUCAGCCGCAAUGACAAGACUGGAGUUGUUCUGAACAAUCCUAACCAGUCGGUGUUCCUCUUCAUAGAUAGACAGCAGUUGCAGACUCCUAAAAGCAAAGCCAUGAUCCUGAAGUUAUGCAGCAUCUGCCUCUACCUGCCACAGGAACAGCUCACCCAUUGGGCGGUUGGCACCAUUGAGGAUCACCUUCGCCCAUACAUGCCUGAAUAAGGUUGUGACCAGUCAAACUGGGAAGAUCAGUUAAUAUGCAACCAUUUUUUAUUUAUUUUUUUCCUUAUUCAGUUUCAAGAAGAAUAUGGACUCAUGCUCAGAACACUUGUUCAUUUUGAACCUUCAUGCUGGAUAUUUUUGCAUUUAUUUUUUUUUUAUAUAUUUUUUAUUUUCUUUAUUUUGUCUGAACUUUUUUUUUUUUUUGCAUGGACCUUGUGAAAGAGAGGAUGUUUUGCAACAUCUAUGCUUUUAAGCCUUGUAAAAUGUGAAAUGAUGGGACUUUGGCACACUGAAUCAAAUGUAUCAGAAAGCACAAGGUAUUAUUUGUUUUUGGUGGUCUUCCCAUUUGCACUGGUCAUGUCCCCUUAACAAAGUUUAGAAUGUUAGACUACAGUGGUAAGGGUGAAAUAUGAAAGUAACAGGUAUAAAAGCGUCACUGCUUUACCAAACUAUGAAAGCACUGUCUGAAUCGCUUCAGUGAAGCAAGGAUUCACAGCAGUAAUGGAAGGUUGACUUUGGACAGGCUUCUAAGGAGAAAAUCCAGUUUGUUCAGCAUUUGCUUUCAUACCUUAGUUCAUAUUGCAGGGAUGAGACAAAGUGUACAGGCACUUAAUAUUUUGAUCUCUUCUCCCAGUUGCUGCAUACACUGCAUUUCCCACUGUGGGUGCAUUGACGUUAAUAUAGCCUAGACGUCUGCAGCGGCUAUAUUAACCAGGUCAAGUACUUGGGCACUGUGGAAGCCAUGUUCUGGAUGGAGGAAACGAGACAGAAACUUGCUGGUGUUUGUGCAGUUAUUACUUUUCUAGAAUAAAGUAAUACUUCUAUAAUAGUAAACCCAUGCUGGGUUCUGGAAACUAAGUUAUAAAGCAGUUACAAACUGUAAUUGAAAGUUGAAGCGUGCGGAGUUAGAGGAGGAAAUUAAAUUUUAUUUUGUGCAAUGAAAAUAAGGUUGACUACUGUAUUGUAUCGAAAGAAAGCUUUUGCGCAAAGGGUUCCAGUACCUUUUUUGAUUAAACUGUGUAUAGGCCUGCUCCUGUUGGCUAAUACUAGUGCUUACCUGGUUUAAAUUUGUAUCUAGCUUUUUGGUUGAAAUUGGAUUACAUUGAAAAUUUAAAAUAAAGAAGCUUAAAUCUC